AUGUCUUCAUUUGUAGCACCCGGUUCAAUGAAUGACGACGGCCUUCCAAUGACAACCAGCAAUAUCGAAAAUCUGUUGGUAGACCCAACUUCCAUGUCUUCAGGUUGUCGGUUCUCCAACAAUACAUAUCCCAUCGUUGACCAGAUUCCAUUUAUAACGCCCGACCUUCCAAUCAUGCAGGCCGACCCUACAUGGAACGAAACACCAAUGCCCCCUUCAACAGCAGAGACUGUCCAGCCAGAAGCAUUAUACCAAUCGCUUAAUGGCAUUGAACCGUGGACACCAAUCACAAGUCAAGGCUAUCUCAGUACGGGUUCUGGAGUAGGGAGCGAUGUUAUCUUCGAUUCCAUAUCUCACACUCCUCAAUCCCUCGAGUCUGACAACCUCGACUUUGCUACUGUCGACCCCAUUCAAGACACUCAAGUCGCCAAUGCCAGUGAUGAGCAAAAUCCAAAAGGUAAUCUAUCUCACAAAAGAGCCCGCCGUUUUAAGUGCAAAUGGGAAGGCUGUCCAUCCAAGCCAUCUUUCAACCGAGACGUGGAUCUACUGCGACACGUCAAGACGAUCCACAUAUGCCCUCGUUCAUAUGUCUGUUACAUUCCCGGUUGCCAGAAGCGGUUCAAUCGGAAGGAUAAUCUCACGGAACAUAUCAAGAAUUACCAUGAUAUGGGGAAAUCGUAACGUUGCGAAAAUCGGCAGCUGACGUGCGUCUAUGAUGG